UCUUUGCCGAGCUGCUUGCGCUGGAUGGCAGGGCUGACAAGGAGACCAAAAGAGCCGGGCGCGUCUCUCUUUGCCGAGCUGCUUGCGCUGGAUGGCAGGGCUGACAAGGAGGAUUACUUUGACGCAGCCUCUGGCGAAUGGGAUGUGGAAGGGCUGCAGGAUGACCUGCGCAUGACAAAGGCGAAGUUGGCUGGGCUGAGGGAAGAGCCGGGCGCCUCUCUCUUUGCCGAGCUGCUUGCGCUGGAUGGCAGGGCUGACAAGGAGGAUUACUUUGACGCAGCCUCUGGCGAAUGGGAUGUGGAAGGGCUGCAGAAUGACCUGCGCAUGACAAAGGCGAAGUUGGCUGGGCUGAGAAAAGAGCCGGGCGCGUCUCUCUCUGCCGAGCUGCUUGCGCUGGAUGGCAGGGCUGACAAGGAGGAUUACUUUGACGCAGCCUCUGGCGAAUGGGAUGUGGAAGGGCUGCAGGAUGACCUGCGAAGUUGGCUGGGCUGAGGGAAGAGCCGGGCGCGUCUCUCUUUGCCGAGCUGCUUGCGCUGGAUG